AUGUUUGCAAACCGAGAAUCUACCGAGCAAUCAACUAUUGAUGACAGUCCAAAUUGUUCGAAUAUUGCAAAUUUUGAUGUUGCUUGUACAUUUGUAAUUCCUAAUACUGGAUUUGAAAUUUACAUUCGCAACAAUAGCAGUAGGAGUGCCUCUAGAGAUUGUGAUUAUGAAAGCCAUACUCAACCGAGACACGAUAAAACGACGUUACCUGAUUGUCAACCAGAAGAAAUUUGUAUUGGACAUUAUCACACCGUCGAAGAUGAUCUAGGAACACCACAUGCAACUUGUAAGAAUUAUCCUCUUACAAAUAAUGGUCUAUGCAUCAGAUGGAAAACGAUACAAGUAGAUCAGGUGAUUGCAUCUGAAAAUGAUAGUUUAAUUGAUCAGUCCACUCAUAAGCACAACUACACUUAA